CAUUGAAAUAAGAACAAGAGCAACAUGUUUCCCAUCCGCGCCAGCUUUAUUGUUCGUUUCCAUGACAACAACAUUGUUUACGUUCUCUCCUCGACGUUACGAUACAGCUGUAACUCUGACAAAGAUGUGCCCUAAAGUAGCGGUGAGUUAACAUCAGGAAGAAAGGACUACGCUGACCCAUGCAGUACAGCUGAGCUAGUUAAUAAAGGAGAUGAACCCGCCAAUAGAAAACAUGAGAAAGUGUCCAGUGCUUCCGCCAAUACCAGACCCACAGAAGUUGGGUUUUACUGGGCCACCACAGUCACCAGCAGAAGAAGCAAAGAUGGCAGUAAGAAAAAAGAUAUUGAGACACAGGAGGAGUAAGGUUCAACAACAGCAACUUCAUGAAAUAAUGGUUUCUAGGGCCGUUGAAGCCUACCGAAAAAGCACAGAAAGGCGUUCAGAGCCCGCUCAGCCCCCAGAGCCUCAAUUUCCCGCCAGUAUGAACAGUGAGAGUCGGAAGCAGCGGAAUAAUUUCCUAUUCCUGAGAAAGUGUGUGGAGAGCAGAGAGGUGGUGCCCAUACAGCAGGAGUGUCUGGACUCCAUGCUGUCUCGCAUCGCCUGUCCCCUCCAGCAGGGCCCGGGACAAGAGAGGCUGGUACAGGAGCUCUGUGAGGAGGUCAGGGAGGACUUCCUCAAAGCAAUGGUCAAGCACACAGUGAACUCCUUCCUUCGGCAGCCAGAGCCGGACGGAGUGGUGUCAAAUGAAAAGAGUGACUUCUCCCCAAAGUUACUCCAUUUGUCCACGCCUUGGCACGAGAGCUUCAUUAGGAGUCGGGAAAUGAUGAAAGAGAAUCUACACGUUCUUCAUCCUGUGAUGCGGAGCGUGUUGGAUAUUGGCUACUUAACGUUUUCUCCACUGCUCCUGGCCGACCUUUCACGCUGCAAGGCGUCGGGGCCGGUCGACUGUGAAAGCCUCAGGAACCAAGUGAUGGUGGAGUGUGACAGGACAGAGGAGCGCAUCAUGAAAACCUGGUUCCCAAAAGUCGUCCAUCUAGUGAACAGCAAGGAGAUGAUGCAGAGCGUUAGAGCCAAGAAGCUGCAGCACUUCUCAAACAGCUUGUGCACCCUCAUCUCCAAUCAGUUGAAAUCCUUACUGGAGAGAAGUGUUGAAGCGUUUGUCAGCUUGUUUGAUCUGAGUAAUACCAACAAGCUGCCACUAUUCCAUAUGGACUUGACCUUUGAUGACGAGAAGAUCGAUUUGUAUCCCAGCUUUCAAGAUCUGGAAGAUGCUGUCCUGGAAAUUCUCAAUGCCAUCACAAAUACUAUGCAGAAAGUACAGACGAUCCAUUUAGGGCAACAAAAUGCCAACAACCCAUUUGUUGAUGCAAAACUGUCCGAUCACGUUCUCACCUGGGGUCAUGCUACUGUGAAGAAUGCUGUGUGCUUGCACUUAGAGGAGCCCAACAAACACUUCCAGAACUACGUUACCAACUAUGACUGGCUGGUGAACGGAGCGGCACAGACCAAAGUGGAGAGUUACUUGGAAGAGGAGCACACCUUCAAUGAGUACACCGAGCUUGUCGAGGAGUUUCUUGCACUCUCGAGGGAGAUAAGCAGCCUGCCAGAAAAGGCCCACUUCACCAUGAUUCAUCUGGACUGUGUGGAUCUGAAGCAGGGGCUCGCCAAGAAAGCUAAAUCCUUUGCUGAAGUCAUUGUGGCGAGGCUGGUCACAGACCACCGUGAGCAAAACCUUAAGAUCUGCCAGGAGUUUGAGACCAUCAGAGAGAAAGCGCUCAGCGUCCCGGCGAAUACAGAAGACAUGACAGAGAUGAUCACUUACGUCACUGACAUCAAGGCGAAUGGCGUCGCGGUGUUACAGGAAAAAAUAAAGGAAGCCUACAAUAGGCUGGGUUAUCUCCUGGACGUGCACGUGUUUGACCAGGAAUACCUGGAGUUGAACUCAACCGUCUUCCUGUGGCCACAGAACAUCCUUCCUGUCUUUGAACUCAAUGAUGAGGUGGUAGAGAAGGCUAAGGGCAAGGGCAAGGAGGAGCUGCUGCUCAAGAGAGAGAAGCUGAUGGUGGAGCUGGAGAAGGUGGGACGCAGGAUGGAGGCGUUUGCAGAAUGCUCCGAGUUGGACAUGGCCCAGCAGUACUUGUCAGACGUGAGGAUGAUCCAGAAAAUACUCAACUCUGCGGAGGAAGCCAUUGAGUUUAUCAAUAAAGAAGAAGCCCUCUACAAAUGGGAAGUGACCAGUUACCCUGAACUUGAAGCAAUCAAGGAGAACGUUGAACCAUACCAGGCGCUGUUUGGACUAGUGCAGAAGUGGCAGCGCUCUGAGAAGAGGUGGAUGGAUGGCUCCUUCCUGGAGCUCAACGGAGAGGGCAUGGAAAUGGAGGUGGACGAGCUGUUCAGGGAGAGCUACAAGAUGCACAAGUCCUUCCAUCAGAAACAGAAGAAGGCUGAUCAAGAGCAGGACAAAAGGGCCGACAGUGGCAAGCGAAAGCGGAAGCAGGAGGAUAAGGGCAAGCAGGAGAAUCCCAUUCUCCUCAUGUGCUCUCGGGUAUUGGAUCAAAUAAAGGAGUUCAAGGCGCAUAUCCCUAUCGUGACCAUGCUGUGUAACCCCGGGGUCAGAGAACGCCACUGGCAACAGAUGUCCGAGAUCGUGGAGUAUGACCUCACUCCAGACUCUGGCACCACACUGCGCAAAGUUCUCAAGCAAAACCUGGCUCCUUUCCUGGAACAGUUUGAGACCAUCAGCGCUUCUGCUAGCAAAGAGUUUUCCCUGGAGAAGGCCAUGCAAGCCAUGGUGGAGAUCUGGGAUUCGAUCUCCUUCCACCACUACCCCUACAGGGAGAGCGGCGUGUCCAUCCUCACGGCCGUGGAUGAGAUUCAGACCAUUAUGGACGACCAGAUCAUCAAGACUCAGACCAUGAGGGGCUCGCCCUUCAUCAAGCCCUUUGAGGACGAGAUUAAGCUGUGGGAGGAGCGCCUGGUCCGAAUCCAAGAUACCAUCGACGAGUGGCUGAAGGUGCAGGCCCAGUGGCUCUACCUGGAGCCAAUCUUCUCCUCUGAAGACAUCAUGCAGCAGAUGCCCGAGGAAGGGAGGCUCUUCCAGGUUGUGGACAAAAACUGGAGGGAGAUCAUGAGGCACUGCGUCAAGGACCCAAAGAUUCUGCCAGCUACCUCUCUGCCCGGGUUGCUCGAGCGGCUCCUUGAUUCCAACGGCCUUUUGGAUACCAUCAUGAAGGGACUCAACGCCUACUUGGAGAUGAAGCGCCUUUUCUUUCCACGUUUCUUCUUCCUGUCCAACGAUGAAAUGCUGGAGAUUCUCUCAGAGACCAAGGACCCGCUGCGCGUCCAACCCCAUUUGAAGAAGUGCUUCGAAGGCAUCUCCAAACUGGACUUCCUUCCAAAUCUGGAUAUCCAAGCCAUGUACAGUAGUGAAGGUGAACGUAUUGAGCUCAUCAAGCUCAUCUCCACCUCGGAGGCCAGGGGAGCUGUGGAGAAGUGGCUGCUGCAGGUGGAGGAUAUGAUGCUGCGCAGCGUCAGAGACGUGGUGGCCCGCUCCAGGGUGGCCUAUGCUGAAACCCCGCGCCAACAGUGGGUGAAGGAGUGGCCAGGACAGGUGGUCCUCUGCACCUCCCAGAUCUACUGGACCCUGGAGGUGCAUGAAGCCAUCAGAGAAGGAGCAGAUGGUUUAAAGAACUAUUAUAAGCUGCUUCAGACCCAGUUGGAGGGCGUGGUGGAGCUUGUAAGAGGCAAGCUGCCCAAGCAGACCCGAACCACGCUUGGAGCGCUGGUCACCAUCGAUGUCCACGCCAGGGAUGUGGUCAUGGAGUUGAUCGAGAAAGGUGUGUCACAUGAAACCGACUUCCAGUGGCUGGCUCAGCUGCGGUACUACUGGACCAAUGAGAACGUGCGAGUCCGCAUCAUCAACUGCGACGUGAAGUAUGCGUACGAGUACCUGGGGAAUUCCCCCAGACUGGUCAUUACCCCGUUGACGGAUCGAUGCUAUCGUACCCUGAUCGGUGCGUUUUUCCUGAGUUUGGGCGGAGCUCCUGAGGGUCCAGCCGGGACCGGUAAAACCGAGACCACCAAGGAUCUGGCCAAGGCGUUGGCCGUGCAGUGUGUGGUUUUCAACUGUUCCGAUGGGCUGGAUUACCUGGCCAUGGGGAAGUUCUUCAAAGGUCUGGCGUCCUCGGGUGCGUGGGCCUGCUUCGACGAGUUCAACCGCAUCGAGCUGGAGGUGCUGUCGGUGGUGGCCCAGCAGGUGCUCUGCAUCCAGAGGGCCGUGGAGCUCAAGCUGGAGUACUUUGACUUUGAAGGGACCACUCUCAAGUUAAACCCCAACUGCUUCGUGACCAUCACAAUGAACCCCGGCUACGCCGGCCGCUCAGAACUCCCGGAUAACCUUAAGGUGUUGUUCCGUACGGUGGCCAUGAUGGUCCCGAACUACGCCCUCAUAGCGGAGAUCUCUCUGUACUCCUACGGCUUCCUGAAUGCCAAGCCUCUGUCGGUGAAGAUCGUCAUGACAUACAGGCUCUGCUCAGAGCAGCUCUCCUCGCAGUUCCACUACGAUUACGGCAUGAGGGCCGUCAAAGCCGUGCUGGUGGCCGCGGGAAACCUCAAGCUGAAGUUCCCUAACGAGAACGAGGACAUACUGCUCCUGAGAUCCAUCAAGGACGUGAACGAACCCAAGUUCCUGUCACACGACAUCCCACUGUUCAAUGGCAUCACCAGCGAUCUCUUCCCAGGCAUCUCACUACCUGUCGCAGACUAUCAGCUGUUUCUUGAGGCCGUGAGAGAGUGUUGUAAGAAUCACAACGUUCAGCCAACGCAAUUAUUCUUGGAGAAGAUCAUCCAGUCGUACGAGAUGAUGAUCGUCCGGCAUGGGUUCAUGCUGGUGGGGGAGCCGUUUGCGGGGAAGACCAAAGUUCUCCACGUGCUGGCGGACACUCUGACGCUGAUGAACGAGAAGGGCCUGAACGAGGAGGAGAAGGUCAUCUAUCGCACUGUCAACCCCAAGUCCAUCACCAUGGGACAGCUCUUUGGAGAGUUUGACCCCGUUUCCCAUGAGUGGUCUGAUGGGAUUGUGGCCAACACGUUCCGUGAGUUUGCUUCCUCAGAGACACCAGAUCGUAAAUGGGUCGUGUUCGACGGACCCAUCGACACGCUUUGGAUCGAAAGCAUGAAUACCGUCCUUGAUGACAACAAAAAGCUGUGCUUGAUGAGUGGUGAGAUCAUCCAGAUGUCGAACCAGAUGAGCCUGAUCUUUGAAGCCAUGGACCUGUCGCAGGCUUCGCCUGCCACAGUGAGCCGCUGUGGUAUGAUUUACUUGGAACCUUCUCAGCUGGGCUGGGAGCCUCUAGUCACCUCCUGGAUGAACACGCUGCCCGAGGCCCUGACGGGCCCCGACCACAGCGCUCUGAUCCAGGAGCUCUUCCUCUGGCUAGUACCUCCUACACUCAGGGUUCUGCGUAAACGCUGCAGGGAAGUCGUUGCCACCAACGACAGCAACACGGUGGUUUCUCUGUGUCACCUGUUUGAGGUCCUGCUCGCUGAGCCUGUUGGGGAGGACCCUGGCAGCAACAACAUACGUACAUGGAUCAUGGCGGCGUUUGCCUUCUCCCUGGUGUGGUCCGUGGGGGGCUGCUGCGACGCAGAGAGCCGGGAGAGGUUCGAUGGCUUCUUCAGGGAGAUCAUCUCUGGCGAGAUGGACAAGCACCCCAUCCCCGCCGCUGUAGGGAGAUGGGAGUGUCCGCUGGACGAGAAGGGCCUGGUGUACGACUUCUCUUACGAGUUUAAAGGAAAAGGCCGGUGGGUCCACUGGAACGAUUCCAUCAAGAACAUCAACCUCGGGGACAAGAACACUAAAGUGCAGGACAUCAUCGUUCCCACCUUGGACACUGUGCGCUACACCUACCUCAUGGAUCUCUGCAUCAAUAAUGCUGUGCCUCUAUUGUUUGUUGGUCCCACGGGCACUGGGAAGUCUGUUUACGUGAAGGAGAAACUAAUGAACAACUUGGACAAAGACCGCUUUCUGCCUUUCUUCAUCAAUUUCUCCGCCCGCACUAGCGCCAGCCAGAGUCAGAAUAUAAUCAUGUCUAGGCUGGAUAAAAGAAGGAAGGGGGUGUAUGGGCCUCCUAUGGGGAAGAAGUGUGUCAUCUUCGUCGAUGACAUGAACAUGCCUGCGCUGGAGACGUUUGGAGCCCAGCCCCCUGUGGAGCUCCUCCGACAGUACUUUGACCAUGGGAACUGGUACGACCUGAAGGACACCACCAAGAUCACGCUGGUGGACCUGCAGAUCAUCUCGGCCAUGGGGCCUCCCGGCGGGGGGAGGAACGCAGUCACACCCCGCUUCCUGCGCCACUUCAACAUCUGCAGCAUCAACGCCUUCAGCGACGACACAAUGGUGCGCAUCUUCUCCAACGUGGUCGCCUUCUACCUGAAGAACAACGACUUCGCCCCUGAGUACUUCGCCAUCGGCAACCAGAUAGUGGCCGCCACGUUGGAGGUGUACAAGAAAGCCAUGAAGAACCUUCUUCCGACGCCGGCCAAGUCCCACUACACCUUCAACCUGCGGGACUUCUCCCGCGUGGUCCAGGGCUGCCUGCUGCUGAAGAAGGAGUCGCUGGAAAACAAGGGCACCAUGACGCGCCUGUUCGUCCACGAGGUCAUGCGUGUGUACUACGACCGCCUGGUGGAUGCCGCCGACCGCACCUGGCUCUACCAGCUCAUGAACGACAUCGUCAAAGUCCACUUCCGGGAGUCCUUCGAGCAGCUGUUUGACCACCUGAAGAAAGACAAACAGCUGGUUGAGGAAGACAUGCGCAGCCUUUUAUUUGGUGACUACAUGAACCGUGACCUGGAGGAGGAUGAGCGCUUGUAUGCAGAGGUGCCCUCCAUGGAAAGCUUUGGACAGGUGGUAGAGCUUUGUCUGGAGGAAUACAACCAGACUCACAAGAACCGCAUGAAUCUCGUCAUCUUCCGUUAUGUUCUGGAGCACCUGUCCCGUAUCAGUCGUGUGCUGAAGCAGCCGGGAGGUAACGCUCUGCUGGUGGGGGUGGGAGGCAGCGGACGCCAGUCCAUCACCCGCCUGGCCACCUCCAUGGCCAACAAUACCAUCUUCCAGCCAGAGAUCUCCAAGAGCUACGGCAUGAACGAGUGGAGGGAUGACCUCAAGCUUCUGCUUAAAAACACAGGAGUGAAGGGUGAGAAGACUGUGUUCCUGCUGACCGACGCCCAGAUCAAGGAUGAAGCGUUCCUCGAGGACGUGGACAGCGUGCUCAACACCGGGGAAGUGCCCAACCUGUUUGCCGCGGACGAGAAGCAGGAGAUCAUGGAGGCCGUCCGUCCCAUUGCCCAGGCUGGUGACAACGACCUGGAGUUCAGCCCUCUGGCUCUCUUUGCCUUCUUCGUUGGCCGCUGUAGGGAAAACCUGCACAUUGUUGUGGCAUUUAGUCCCAUCGGGAACGCCUUUCGAAAUCGCCUGCGGCAAUUUCCAUCGCUCAUCAACUGCUGCACUAUAGACUGGUUUCAGCCGUGGCCAGAGGAAGCCCUGGAACGAGUGGCCAACACCUUCUUGAAAACCCUGGAGAUGAGCGAGCAUGAGCGCAAUCAAGUCAUGCCCAUCUGCAAAACCUUCCACACGUCCGCCAUACAACUCUCCCAUAAAUUCAUGUCGGAGUUAGGACGGCACAACUACGUGACGCCCACCUCCUACCUUGAGCUCAUCGCGGCCUUCCGCCAGCUUCUGACCCAGAAACGAGACACCGUGAUGAAGGCUAAGAAGAGGUACACCAAUGGUCUGGAUAAACUGGCCUUUGCCGAGUCUCAGGUGGGGGAGAUGCAGAUGGAACUCAUCGAGCUACAGCCAAAGCUAGAGCAGGCGAAGAUCGACAACACCAAGAUGAUGAAGGUGAUCGAGGUGGAGUCAGUGCAGGUAGAAGCCAAAAGUAAGCUUGUACGCGUUGACGAGGAGGCAGCUACCAUCAAGGCCAACGCGGCGCAGGCCUUGAAGGACGAGUGUGAGAGCGACCUGGCCGAGGCCAUACCCGCCCUGGAGGCCGCUCUCGCCGCCUUGGACACACUUAAACCGUCCGACGUGACGAUUGUCAAGUCUAUGAAGAACCCGCCGUCGGGGGUGAAGCUGGUCAUGUCAGCGGUGUGCGUUAUGAGGGAUAUUAAGCCGAACAAGAUCGCCGACCCAGCUGGGACUGGACAAAAGAUUUUGGACUAUUGGGGACCAAGCAAGAAGUUAUUGGGUGAUAUUAACUUCUUACGAGACCUAAGAAUAUAUGACAAGGACAAUAUCCCAGUCGCUGUGAUGCAGAAGAUACGCAGCGAGUACAUGACCAACCCGGACUUUGACCCCACCAUAGUGGCCAAGGCCUCCUCUGCAGCCGAGGGCCUCUGCAAGUGGAUAAAGGCCAUGGAGGUUUACGACCGUGUGGCCAAGGUGGUGGGUCCGAAGAAGGCCAACCUGGAGGAGGCCCAGCAGUCCCUGGCCACCACCAUGGCCCUGUUGGACCAGAAGAGAGGGGAGCUGAAGGAGGUGGAGGACCGCCUGGCCAACCUGCAGAAGACCUUCGUUGAGAAGACGGAGGAGAAGGCCCAGCUGGAGUUCCAGGUGGACCUGUGCGCCCGCAAGCUGGAGAGGGCGGAGAAGCUCAUCGGAGGCCUGGGAGGAGAGAAGACCAGAUGGUCCAAGGCCGCAGAUGAGCUGCAGCACACCUAUGACACCCUGACCGGGGACGUGUUGAUAUCUGCCGGAGUCAUCGCCUACCUGGGGGCCUUCACCUCCGGCUUCAGGCAGGACUGCGCCAAGAUCUGGACCAAACUAUGCCAGUCGAAGAAGAUUCCGUCUUCAGAUGAAUUCUCUCUCAGCAAGACCCUGGGGGAUCCCAUUAAGAUCCGGGCGUGGAACAUUGCAGGGCUGCCCACCGACAGUUUCUCCAUAGACAAUGGGGUCAUCGUAAGCAACUCCCGUAGAUGGCCUCUCAUGAUUGACCCCCAGGGGCAGGCCAACAAGUGGGUGAAGAACUCUGAGAAGGACAACAACCUGAGUGUCAUCAAGCUGACGGACGGGGACUACAUGAGAACGCUGGAGAACUGCAUCCAGUUUGGAACCCCGCUGCUGCUGGAGAACGUGAGGGAGGAGCUGGACCCAUCGCUGGAGCCCCUGCUGCUGAAGCAGACCUUCAAACAGGGUGGGGUGGAUUGCAUCAGACUGGGAGAGAGUGUGAUUGAGUAUUCCCAGGAUUUCCGCUUCUACAUCACCACCAAGCUGAGGAACCCCCACUACCUCCCAGAGCUGGCCACCAAGGUGUCCCUGCUCAACUUCAUGAUCACCCCCGAAGGCCUGGAAGACCAGCUGCUCGGGAUCAUGGUGGCCAAGGAGAGGCCAGAGCUGGAGGAGGAGAGGAACGCCCUGAUCCUGCAGUCGGCCACUAACAAGAAGCAACUGAAGGAGAUCGAGGACCAGAUCCUGGAGACGCUGGAGUCGUCCGAAGGGAACAUCCUGGAGGACGAGAGCGCCAUCAAGGUCUUGGACUCGGCCAAGCUCAUGUCCAACGAGAUCUCCAAGAAACAACAGAUAGCUGAGAAGACUGAGAUCAAGAUCGCCGAGUCCAGAGAGGGCUACAGGGCCAUUGCCAAACACUCCUCUAUUCUGUUCUUCAGCAUCGCCGACCUGGCUAACAUAGAUCCCAUGUACCAGUACUCUCUCUCCUGGUUUGUUAACCUUUACAUCAGCUCCAUACAGGACAGCAACAAGUCCUCGAUCUUGGAGAAGCGGCUGAGAUACCUGAUUGAUCACUUUACUUACAAUCUGUACUGCAACGUGUGCCGCUCACUGUUCGAGAAGGAUAAACUGCUUUUCUCCUUCCUGCUCUGCUCCAACCUUCUCCUAGCAAAGAAGGAGAUAGAGUACGGAGACUUGAUGUUCUUGCUGACUGGAGGCGUCGGCCUAACAAACGCAACCCCCAACCCGGACCCCUCCUGGCUGCAGGAGAAGAGCUGGGAUGAGAUCUGCAGAGCCAGCGAGCAACCAGGACUGGCUGGAAUCAAAGAGGCGUUCCUAGACAACUCGGACAGCUUUAAGACCAUUUACGACAGCAAGGAGCCCUACAACGCCCGUCUGCCCAGACCCUGGGCGGACAGCUUAAACACCCUCCAGAAGAUGAUCAUCUUCCGCUGCCUCCGGCCUGAUAAGAUCAUCCCGGCCGUCUCCAACUAUGUGACCAAGAAACUGGGGAAAAUGUUUGUGGAGCCACCGCCCUUUGACCUUAGCAAAAGCUACCUGGACUCCAACUGCACCGUGCCCCUGGUGUUUGUGCUUUCUCCGGGAGCUGACCCCAUGGCCAGCCUGCUGAAGUUUGCCAAUGACAAGAGCAUGGGUGGGGCCAAAUUCCAGUCCAUCUCUCUCGGUCAGGGACAGGGUCCCAUCGCGGCCAAAAUGAUAUUCGCAUCCAUGAAAGAAGGUACCUGGGUGUGUCUGCAGAACUGUCACCUGGCAGUGUCUUGGAUGUCCACCUUAGAGAAGAUAUGCGAGGACUUCACUCCUGACACUUGUCACCCCAACUUCCGUCUGUGGCUCACCAGCUACCCCUCACCCAAGUUCCCAGUGACUAUUCUCCAGAAUGGCGUAAAGAUGACAAACGAACCACCAACAGGACUCCGACUUAACCUGCUGCAGUCCUACCAGUCAGAUCCCAUAUCUGACUCUGAGUUCUUCAACAGCUGCCCCAACAAGGAACCGAUCUGGGAGAAGCUAUUGUACGGCGUGUGUUUCUUUCACGCACUUGUACAAGAGAGGAAGAAGUUUGGUCCUCUGGGAUGGAAUAUCCCUUACGGCUUCAAUGAGUCAGACCUGCGGAUAAGCAUCAGACAGUUACAGCUGUUUGUAACGGGAUACGAGGAGGUGCCGUUCGAGGCCAUCACCUACCUGACCGGGGAGUGUAACUACGGCGGCCGCGUGACGGACGACUGGGACAGAAGGCUCCUCAUGACCAUCCUGGCCGACUUCUACAACCAGGACAUCGUUGUGAAACCCCGCUACACCUUCUCUCCCAGCGGCAAAUACUAUGCCCCAUCUAAGUCCAUCUAUGAGGACUAUCUGGAGUUUAUUAAGAAACUACCACUCAUCCAGAGCCCUGAGAUAUUUGGGAUGCAUGAAAAUGUGGACAUCUCUAAGGAUCUGCAGCAGACCAAGCUGCUGUUUGAUUCGCUGCUGCUCACCCUGGGAGGCGGGGUUAAAGGAGGAAGUAGCUCCGGGGGAGACAGCGCCCUGUACGAAAUAGCCAAUGACAUCCUGACCAAGCUCCCAGACGAUUUCGACAUUGAGGAAGCACUUUUAAAAUUCCCAGUCCUCUAUGAGGAGAGCAUGAACACUGUGCUGGUCCAGGAGAUGGAGCGGUACAACACGCUGUGUACAACAAUCCGCGUGAGCAUUCAAAACCUGCUGAAAGCCAUUAAGGGUCUGGUGGUGAUGGAUGCAGAGUUGGAGGCCGUCGCUGGCAGUCUUUUGGUGGGCAAGGUGCCAGAGAAGUGGGCUAUGCGCUCGUACCCAAGCCUCAAACCCCUGGGCAGCUACAUCACCGAUUUCCUCACCAGACUCAAAUUCCUGAACGAUUGGUUCAACAGCAGCAAGCCUCACGUGUUCUGGCUGACCGGCUUCUUCUUCACCCAGGCCUUCCUGACAGGGGCCAUGCAGAACUACGCCAGGAAGUAUCGCAUCCCCAUUGACAUGCUGGUCUUUGAGUUUGAGGUUCUCACACUUGAUGUGUCAGAGCAAGCUCCUGAGGACGGCGUUUAUAUCCAUGGGCUGUUCCUGGACGGUGCUCGCUGGGAUAGGAACAGUGGGGUGAUCGCGGAGCAGAAGCCCAAAGUCCUGUUUGACUCGAUGCCCAUCAUCUGGAUCAAACCCACGGAGAGGAACAGCGUCCAACCCUCCCAGAAGCUGUACGUAUGCCCCCUGUACAAGACCAGUGAAAGGAAGGGAACGCUGUCCACCACGGGACACUCAACCAACUUUGUGAUCACCAUGACGCUGCCCACGAGCAAGCAGCCGCAGCACUGGAUCAAACGGGGCGUAGCCAUGCUCUGUCAGCUGGAUGACUGACACCUGAGAAUACACUCAGGUUUAUUAUGUGCAAUUAAAACUGAAUACAUAUAUAUAUAUACCAAUUUGUAUAUCAUUUAUUUACGUGUCAUCAAAUCAUUGAAUCAUCAUUUAAAUCAUGAAUUCAUAAAUUCAAUAAACGUAUUUUGGUUUUAA